UUUCAAUUUGACCAAUAACAUUGAGGCACGGACUUAUUACUACUUCCGGUUCCGCCUCUCGUCCUCUUCCGGAAUUUCCUAGCGUGACCGACGUUUCGUGUCUGUUUAGACUUAAAAAUGCGUUACGUGGCCGCUUACCUCCUUGCCGCUCUUGGUGGAAACACCAGCCCCUCUGCAAAGGACAUUAAGGACAUCCUGGGCAGUGUGGGAAUUGAGGCCGAUGAUGAACGCUUGAAUAAGGUAAUUGGUGAGCUGAAUGGGAAGAACAUCAAUGAAGUUGUGAACUCAGGCCUCUCGAAGUUAGCCUCUGUCCCAGCAGGUGGUGCUGUAGCAGCUCCUGCAGCUGCUCCUAGUGGAGCUACUGGGGCUGCACCCGCUCCAGCUGAAGAAAAAAAGGAAGAGAAGAAAGAGGAAUCAGAAGAGUCAGACGAAGAUAUGGGCUUUGGACUCUUUGAUUAAUCUGUCUUUUCUGUACUCAAAAAGCAAUAAAAAAUGUAAAAUGUUUACACAGAAAA